AAAUGUUUUCCAGACUAAAUGAUUCUGUGAUUACUUCCAGGUAUACUAGUAAAAAAGAAAAUACUAUGGAAAUUUAAUUAUUAAACUGGGUGUGUCCCUUUAAAAGCUGAGAAGGACAACUGUAGAGGAUUUGUCUGAGAUGAUGCUACAGAUGCAUCUUUAACUGGUCAGUUAGUGGUAGGUAUCCAACCUACGUCAGCAGUGAUGGGCAGCUUCCCUAUAAAGCAGUUACAAAGUCUGAAUACCUGGUGCUACCUAUAAUUAGAUCCGAGACAAAAGAAACAACCUGAGAAAUUCAUCUGCCUGUUGAUGUUAUGAAACAAGUUCAAACUCACAAUGGAGACAAUAAUUAAUGUAGGUAUCAUUCCAAGUAAUUUUAGAUGGUAUUCUCACCACCCAGUGACAUGUGAUGCUAAAACCUGCAACCUGAAGGAGAACAACAUGUGCAGCAUGUAGUGCUUUUCAAAAUGAUGCUCCAUUUUGAUUGCUUCUCCAUUAAGCAGAAUGAAAAAUUUCCCUCAGCAGGAGGGGGAAAAAUAUAAAGUGAAAAUCUGUGAGUAGGAAAGAACUGUUGGUACUGAACCUUGGUGUGUUUUAGGUCUCAGGAGUGGUCCCCUUUAGUUUAUGUAAGACAAGUGGAAAGUGCUAUUGUGUCAGGUAACAUUUUUUGCCCACUCUGCUCUCCCUUUACCUGAAUGUAACCAACAGUGUCAUUUUCAGACCACAGAGAAAGCGUGUCUGUGGUCACUGACUGCAGCUUAAUGCCAGGGUGCCCAUGAAUACCAGGAACUUUUCCUGCUUCUUAAAUUUAAGAAGAUGCAGAUACUAUUUGAUAAGUGAACUCCUCCUCUUUCCUUGACUUUCCAUUCCCUCCCUCCCAGUCAUACACUGUGCUGACCCAGCACAAGGAGAAUAGGUCUUGACACUGUACUCCUGAUGUAAUUUUCCAAAUUAAUGAAAUGAAAAAAUGUGCUCUACUAGUGACAGUUGCAGUCUGCUCUCAUUAAGUGGCUCACCUAUGCUGUAGUUUACAGCCCCACAAACACGUUUGAGGAGAAGAUGGUGUUUUCUAACAUGGUGCAGCUCUCGUUACAUGGUGGUGCCUUGGACAAAUGCACUGGCUGAGAGCCCUGCUCCAUUCAGUAUACAUGGGCAUGUUUCCACAGAGGGGGCUUGCUUUUGGCUUUUACUCUAAAAGGCAGUUGGAAAAAUUUGUGUGGAUAAAGAGGUUUUGAGCGAGAAAAAGUUCAUAACACUGCUGAAAAAGUAUCCUCUUAUGUGAGCUUACAGUGGAAUUUGUAUGAAGGAAUCUGUCCCACGGACAUAAGAACUUAUGGCAACACAGAUUAAAAAAAACUUGUAUUUAAAAUAUAACAUCCACUACUCAAUGAGUACAUAAAGAGCAAUGUAAUACAGAAUAGGCAUUAAGAAUUCCUGUGACUACUGUGAAAUGUAGAAAAAUGUGAUUACAUAGUAACAAAUGAAAGAGAAAAGUAAGUAGCGAAGACAAACAGUAUUGAAAUUCAAAACUUUAUCUUAAGGAUCAUUGGACAACAGAUUAGGAAAUAAAUCUUACCUAAGGUUAUAGGUCCCAAGUUAUCAAUAUGAACACAGGCUCAGUGACAGAGGAACAUUAGUAUUUUAUCACUAACAUGAUGCUGUUUUUAUAAAGGAUACCCAGGUGUUAAUACUAAAUUGUUAUAAUCUGAAAGAAUACAUCUCUUUUUAAAACAAAUAGUCUCGUUCUGUAGAGAAUAAAUGAAUAUAGCUUCUGGAUUUGCUGCCAUCAAGCUGUGCCCUAUGAGCUUUUCCCAGAUAAUUUCUUCUGGUUUCCCUUCCCUCCAGCAUUUAAUUAGUCGCUAUUUCCCUUGAAAGGAUUAAAGCACACUGUACAUGUGAUGUUUCUAUUUUCUAAGUGUUAAACCAUGAGAAAACCACAGGGAUGUGCACCUUACAUUAUGUCAAACUUUUUCUUCUGCUGUUCAAAAUGUUAAACCACAGUAAAAGGAUUACAUGAUAGUCUAGUCUGUGAUACCACAAUGAGAUACCAGGUUUGUACAUGAAGAAUGUUUGCCUAGCUUUGUUGUAAUCUUGGGAAAGUUUCAGCAGGAGUUCUAUAUUUAAGACUCACCUUAACCCUUAUACUAAACCUCCUGUAACAAUGCCUGGUUUUGAACAUAUCAAUUAGUAUCUGGCCAAAACAGCAUUUCCUACCUGCCACAUGCUACCUGCCCAAAAGAGCAAUGGGAACAGAUGGGUUUGUGAUGCGUUAAACAAUGAAGAGAAAGCUACCAGAAGAAAAUCUUGGCCUUCCUAACCUCCAUGCAUGCUGGGCAGAGUCUAGGGAAGAAAAAAAUGUGUCAAGCGGAACAGGAUUGAAGGGCCUUGGCCUCCCAGUCUGUCUUUCCUUCUCCAAGUGACUCAGAUGUUUUAGAUAUGUGAAAAGUGUCUUGGCUGCAAACUGCAAGCCUUUCAGAGCCCCUCUAUGUGUCCCCACUAACUUCAGUUGCUGAGAGACCAGUUUCUUCCUCCUGAUCUCCCCUGCAACCUCCUGCUUCCCCACAUCUUAAACUCAGACCCUGCCUCUGCUUUCAAAAUAGUCAAGUGCCUGUCCUGAAUUAGGAUUGUUGUAAGCAAUGAAGAAGUGGGAUGAUUUUCCUUAAUUGUCCUUGUUAAAAUUCAUAUGGAAGUAUGAUACUUCAUUAAAAGCUUGCCUAUCUGAAAUCAUUGAGGAAACAAGACAAAAACAAUCCUUCCAGAAGUAUGUCCAGAUGCAAAGCAAGGAGAGGACUACACAGGGAUCUGCCUGGCCUCUGCCACUGAUUCACUUCAAUAAUCUCUGCAAGUCAUUUACUGUGCAUCAAGUGCUUAUUGAUGGAGGAAAACCAGUGUUUAUUUCCUUUCACAGAGUCGUACCGAGUCUGACUAACCACUACUUGGGCAAAUCUUUGGAUGAAAGAAAUCAUUGGAGUUCUAAGCUCUUAAUAUAUAUUACUUACUGUACUUUAAAACAGUCAUCACACUAGGUAGGAAUUAACAUUCCAAAGCCCAUAGGGUGGAUACCUUUUCCUACAUAUAUAUAUAUAACAGUCAUCAAGUGAUCUGCCUCAGAGGAAGGACAACUGAAUACAGGUCUCCUGGGACAGCUGAGGAGAGCCAUCACCAUGAUCCCUGCACUGCUGUUGCUGGGUCUUUCAGCCCUUGUUGCUCCAUCCAUGAGUUACAGUUGCUAUGGUGAUAUAAGUGCUCUUCAAGCCCCUACCAUCUCCUGUACACCUGUAAGAACCUCUGAUUGUGGGUAUGCCAUGAUAAGGAGAACUGCUGAGGCAGACCUCGUACGCCUGAGGAGAUACGAGAUCCCAAUUAAGAGAGUAGCCAGAAACCUGUGCUUGGACCCAGCGCUCAUCGGUGCCAUCAUGUCCCAGGAGAGCCGUGUUGGCCUGCUCCUGGACAACGGCUGGGACCGGGGACGGCAGAAGUACGGCCUGAUGCAGAUCAGCAGGCAGCAACUGCAGCCUUAUGUGGCGUGGGAUAGUGAAGAACACAUAAAUCAGUGCUCAAAUAUCCUGGUUCUUUCCAUUAAUGAAGUACGGGCAAGGCAUCCUACCUGGACCUGGGACCGGCAGCUGAGAGGGGGAAUCUGCACCUAUCAUGCAAAAAUGGGCAACGUCCAGGUCUACGAGGCAGACCCAUGCAGCAGAGACUACAACUACGUCAACGGCGUGAUUAGGCGAGCCCAGUACUUUAAGAGAAACGGGUUCUAGAUCAUAAACCCAUCCUGCCACUGAGCCUCCCCUCUGCAGACUGGCCCAGCAGUGAUUGUAGUACCCAGAGCAGUUCCUCAGGUCUCCUGGCAGGACCAAUGCUGCUGGCAUUGCUGAUGCCACCUUAAUUGCUCCUGCAAAUCCCAGCCCCUUUCACUGAUGGGGCAGCACUGCCUUCCAGGAGACCCCCAGCUCGGGGCCUUUGAAAGGCAGAUGGGGACAGACCAGCAAUGUUUAAAUUUUGAGUGAGGAAGGUGGCUCUUCCUGUUCAAAGCUGCACUCCAGGGCUCUUUGUGCAUCUCCCAGACAUGAACACAAACAGCUCUCCCAGGGCAUCUGCUGUGCUCUUCCCAUCUGCAUCCCCCUCCUUCCCUCUCCAUGGCCAAUAUAGGGACAAAUAUCCUGCUUUCCUUCCCUUGGUGCUGCUGACUAAGGAGCAACGAAGAGACUUCUCAGUGAGCCUUUGGUCUCUGCAGUAGCUGAGUGCUCCUGUAGCCAGCCUUGAGGGGGACAAUACCAAAACAUGCUUUGGUUGGUCUCCUGAGUCCAUGGCCAUGGUACAACUGGGGAUCUCAAAGGGGCAUCUGUAUGGAAAAUACUGCAAGUGCCACAACAGGAAAAACGCCUUUCCAUCAGAGCAGGAGUCAGCCCCGUGCAUACCCACAUCAGGAGCUGUAUCACAGCAAUAGUUUUGGUAAAAAAAACCCUGCAAGCUUUCCUGCUUUAGCUUUGGCACAUUUAUGCCGAGUUUCCUCUGAAUUUAAAAGCAUUUCAGCAUCUGUCCCUCUGCCAGGAAUCCCAGUUUCUAACAGAAGUGAAUGAGCUCUGGUCUGUUUGAAAGUGGAUGGGUCUCUCGGUGCGAAUUUAUUAAUUAGAGAAAAAUAAUGAGAAUAAGAUAGAAAUAAAGAUAAA